UUCAGAGCCGCCUGCCCAGGAUGACCGGAGCCACCGCCCCGCGGCGCCCGCGCCUCGCCACGGCCUCCCGGGCGCUCUGACCGCGCGCGCUCCCGGCUCCCGGCCCCGGCCCCCGUCCCCGGCCCGCCAUGCCGCCGCCCGGGCCCGCCGCCGCCCUGCUGCUGCUGCUCCUGCUGGCCUCCGAGUCCGCGCACACCGUGAUGCUGCGGGCGCGCGAGGCGGCGCAGUUCCUGCGACCCAGGCAGCGCCGCGCCUACCAAGUCUUCGAGGAGGCCAAGCAGGGCCACCUGGAGAGGGAGUGCAUCGAGGAGCUGUGCAGCCAGGAGGAGGCCCGGGAGGUGUUCGAGAACGACCCCGAGACGGUGAGCGCGGGGCCUGGGGCGCGGGGAGGCGUGCGCGCGGCGCCGGGCGCUCCGCAGCGGGGCGGGACCGCGGUGCGGCGCGCGGGCAGCCGGGUCCCCGCGGCGCUGUCCCUGCGGCGCCGCAUUAUGGGGACGCCCGUCAGCGCGCGCGCGGGGCCCCUGGGUCCCUGAGCUCCUCAGACUUCCCUUCCCAGAGUCCGCGCCAGUCCCUGGUGUGGGGACCGCGCUGCAGGUCACAUCCAGGACCCGCACUACGGAGACGUCGCGUUGAGGGCGGUGGCAGGGAGGGUCGUAGGUCCCGGAGCCCGGGUGCAUCCUCGGGGCUCCCCCACGCCUUCUGAGCCCGGGUUCUCCUAGUGACCAGGAGCGCUGUGAGCCGGGGGCAGAGGCGGACGUUGAAUGGGGUCCUCUUGGUCCCGCCGGCGCCGCGGGUCUCGGGAGGCGGCGCUUCAAGGAAACACGCAGCACAGGACGCCCUACCCCCCAAAUGAAACGGAGGGGCCUUUAAACUGUACGCGAAACGCAAUGGUCGAAAACCCAGCUUCCUCCCUCCCCUCCCCCGCGGCUGGAUCAGAGGUGAGGGGUGCGCUGCCCCCGCUCCCUGGUCCAGUCUGGAGCAGCUGGAAGGCGUGAGAGCUGGAUCGCGGUCUGAGCGCAGGAGGAGCGCCCCAAGGUGUCCGUGGGGCGGGCGGGGACGUCGGGGCGACAGCAGGGAAGGCCGGCGCCCUUCUGGGAGCGGCUGGCGCAGGACACGCUUCUGUCAAUAAUGUCCUUGGAGAAUGUGGCGCGCGGCCCAGGUGUGGACCCGGCGUCCGCGGGGGAGCUGUGCAUCUUGAGGGAGGGGAGAGCGUCUUAAGGACAUCCGCGGUGGGUGGGACCUGUGGGACCCUGCAUGUGUGUCUGUCCCAGGGCAAAUGACUCUGGGAAACAGGCGUGACAGAAAUGGGGUGGACUUCGGCUGGGUCUCUCUGUACCUUGAGGUUAGGGUGAUUUCACAGCUGUUUCUGGUUGUACCAGAGUUUUUCUUUUAAAGAAUUGUUUUAGGAUGAAAUACGUUUCCAUGCAGUGAGCAAAGUCCUGUGUGGCCCACAUAGGCUUUUCCUGUGGCUGUGUUUCUGGUCGGCUGACCUGGCAAUGCUUUUAGGGCCCCUCUCCGAAGCAAGCUCUGGAGCGCUGGCCGCUGCCGUGUGUCCUUGGCGCAGCUGCGGCUGCCGUGGUUGGGCUGUGACCGGGUCCUCCCCGGUCACAGUGAAACACAGUUCUGUCUUGCUGUGCUGAGCAGCUUCCUGGGCCUCUCUGGCCCUCGUUUUCUCCUUUCCUUCCUGAUGAACACUGGUGGCCAGUGCCUUGUGCCUCUGCAGAGGAUUUCUGAAGGUCCUGGUGGAGGGCUGGCCUGGCCACCAGGGUCACUGCCCAGCCAUGCCGUUGUGACAGGUGCCAUGCUCUCUAGCCCCGAGCCUGAGUCGAAAUGUUGCUUGUACAGAGUGUGGGACGGGGCUUGCUGGUGACGAGAGUUGAGAGCAACAAGGCCACCACCCACCCAGCCGGUCCUUGCCCACCCAGGACGGAAAGGCCCCCACCCGGCUUUUCCUCACUGCCUGGACAGUCUGUGCACUAACCACUGAGCAGCUCUUCCUGGAGCAUUAGUCCUCUCUCUGAUUUUAACUGUUUUCAUGUUUUAAUUUUGUAACUUCAUUUACAAGUUUGUGAAAUGAAGACAGAAAAGGAAGAGAUGCUCACGAUCCCAGGAUCUGUCCUGCGUGUCUGUGCAGGGGCAUCCCACGUCCCCUCCAUGUCCUGGCCCUCUCCAGUCCGAGGCAUGGCCAGUUGCUGGGGGCGUCCCCGCUCACCGUCAGCCCCAUCGGGAGUUUGUAAACUCCUUUUCAUAUCAGAGCCCCAUAACUUUCUAGAAUUCGCAUUCUGUUUCCCAGCCCCCAGCCCCAAAUAGUGAUGACAUCUUCUCCUUUAUCAGCUCCCCAGAUCGUCCCACUUCUUCCUUCCCUUGUGGGCAAGGAAGGACUGCAAGCCCUUCGGGUUUGCACCUUGCAUCUUGUGUAGACGGUUAUGUGGAUGGUCUUGGACUGUUGUGUAGACCGUUG